ACCAUGCCGCCAUCUUGUAGCCGGAACCUCUCACUACAACCUGGCCGCCAGUCAACUGGCACUCGACCGGACAGUUUAAGAGUGUAAAUGGCAUUAAAACGUCACUUAAGAACACACUACACGACCAUUGACAUUGAUACGUUUAAAGGGUGAGAAAACAAAAAGGAAAGCGACGGCGAACAUUGGCACGUUUAAAGGGGCAGAAAAAAAGAAAGACAAAAAAAACAGUCAACGAAUCCUACCAGCGAAAGUUGCCGCUUGCCGGGUGUCACCUGAGCCGUCGCCGUCACAAGUCGCGUGCUAGCGGGUAAUGGAUACCGAAUCCUCCCCGGGGUCGCUGUGUUCGUCCAACUGGACCGCACCACGUCGCCGCCUGCCUCGGGCUCGCUUCUUAAAUCUGCAAGUCGCCGAGCGACCAACUAAACCUUGUGAGACGACGACAUGCGCUCCCUCGCCGGGCUAGCGGCCACCUUGGCGGCGGCCAGCGUCUACCUCUACGUGCUCUCCACUCACCUGCGGCCGGCCUCGCCUGGGGACCCCGAGCCGGAGCCCCACUACUACAAGUUAAAGUUCCCGUCGGAUCUGGACGAACUGCGGGAGCUUGCCGAGAUGCUCAGGUUCUACAAGCAGGAACACCACGGCUACGUUCUGCUGCUCUUCUGCAGCGCAUACCUCUACAAGCAGUCCUUCGCCAUUCCCGGAUCCUCCUUCCUGAACAUGCUGGCGGGCGCCAUAUUCGGACCCUGGGAGGGCCUGGCGCUGGCGUCACUGCUCACCACCACGGGCUCCACGUUCUGCUACCUCCUGUCGUCCGCCUUCGGGAAGCAGCAUGUGGUUCGCAUCUUCCCGGACAAGGUGGCGUUGCUGCAGAGGAAGGUAGAGGAAAACCGUAGCAGCUUGUUCUUUUUCCUCCUCUUUCUGCGCUUCUUCCCCAUGACUCCUAACUGGUUCCUUAACAUCACCUGUCCGGUCCUCAACAUCCCCAUGUCCAUCUUCUUCUUCUCCGUCUUAAUCGGUUUGAUUCCCUACAACUUCAUCUGCGUGCGCACGGGCGCCAUCCUCUCCGAGGUCCACUCCCUGGACGACAUCUUCUCGUGGGCCACGCUGGCCCAGUUGCUGGCCAUCGCGCUGGUGGCGCUGGUGCCCGGCGCGCUCAUCAAACGCUAUGGCCAAGCUCAGCCUCAAGGUGGAGGGCAUGGACGGAACACGGCAGGACAAUCGGAAGAGGCGAUGACGGAGGUUGGACGAGGACUUUUCAUACCGGAAGUCUCCGCUGGUGGACCUUCCACCGCCAACCUUGACGUCACUGUGAUCAAUGCACAGUGGACUGCCACUAUUCGCUGUGGACAGGGGCCGGGAUCGAACGCGAAUAAUUGACGGCCAUAAGUGCAUUGGAAAAAGGCUUUUUUUUUUUUUUUUUUUUAAACCCCAAAAAUUAUUGAAUAAGCGGGGUUAUACCGCCGGUAAGUAUCCUCCACCAAAAAAAAAUAAGGGUGAUUCCUCUCCCAAAGGAAAAUGGAAAAAAAAAUCUGCAACUAGGUGAAUCCGCCAGUGCCAAACCUCGAAUAUGUUUGAUUUAUUUAUGGUUAUCGUGGGGUCGUGUUCCAUACCGAUCCGCAAUAGAUGGAAAAACUGUGAUAUCGAGAGAUCAAGUAAAACAUUUUUUUUUAAAUUGUCUUGCCUCCCCCAAAUGCGUUCAACAUAUUAAAACACACAUUUAAGGUACAGUGGUGCGUUGAGCUAUGAGUAUAAUUUGUUGCAUGACCACACAUAACUUAAAAUACGUAUCUCAAAUCAUCUUUCCCCAUUAAAAUGAACAGACGUGCUAUUAAUCUGUUCCCAACCGCCUGGCGGGGGACAGUAUAAUACAGUCACCACUAAUCUUAGUUACUCAGUAAGGUUUAUUUUUGUUUGCAGAGGAUAAAGAAUAAAUGCCUGUAAGCCCAUAUGCGUCGCUCCACCAUUGGUUAAAGUCAACUUUUUUUGUCCUUUAUUAAAAACACGUCAUUGUUUUGGGCGGCUUGAACGGAUUAAAAUCAAGGUACCAUUCUAUUAUGCAAGCUACAACCACAAUAAAAGGCAUAUUUUUUUUUCCGACAGAGCUCUUAUACACUAAGCUCAUUCAACUGCGAAGGUAUACCUAAUGAAAUUAUUUUUAGGAUUCAUCAUUUAUGUUGACAUCCAGCACUUGUUCUUAACUUUAUAAAGUUUCAAAUGGAAUGUCAGCUUCACGCAAAGAUGAUUUGAAACUACAGCUGUUUACAAGCAUUUAUCUUUUACGUUGUUUAUUUACAUUCUCUGUGAAGCACUUAGACGUCUUAAUACUUCAUUUAUUGAAAGUAACCGUGUGCAUGUGUGCUUCUGUGACACAAUCUGUGUGUUUGUGUCUCUGAGGAUGAGAGAUUGUCGUUCUCUUCUUCUUUGACCAAAUUUUGUAACCGUUUAAAAAAUGCUACUCUAGGUUUUACUCUGUUUAUUUUACUAUAUUUUUUUAAGUCCAUCUCAAGGGCAACGGACAA